AUGGUGCAGAAAUCUCUCAACGGCGGGGCUUACCCAACUCAAGCCGGAGAGAAGAAGCACAAAGUCGGGUUCGUCGGACUGGACCCCGGGGCUCCCGAAUCCAGCAGGGACGGCGCGCUGCUGAUCGAGGGCUCGGGGAGCACCAAGCGGGGCAGCAUCCUCUGCAGACGCAGGUCCAGCCUCUCCGCAGGAAGACCCCGACCGUCGAAGAAAUAUGCCAGCUAUCGGAAACUGCAGAAUUUCCUCUAUAACGCACUGGAGAGACCGCGGGGAUGGGCGUUCAUCUACCACGCUUAUGUCUUCCUGCUGGUCUUCUCCUGUCUCAUCCUCUCCGUCUUUGCCACAAUCAAAGAGUUCAAAAACAGCUCAGAGAGUGCCUUGUACAUACUGGAAAUUGUGACCAUCGUGGUGUUUGGUGUGGAGUACAUUGUGAGGAUAUGGGCUGCCGGCUGCUGCUGUCGAUACAGAGGAUGGAGUGGGAGGCUGAAAUUUGCCAGAAAGCCUUUCUGUGUCAUAGACAUCAUGGUGCUGAUCGCCUCAGUGUCGGUUCUGGCAGCUGGAUCGCAGGGCAAUGUUUUUGCCACCUCAGCCAUCAGGAGCUUGAGGUUCCUGCAGAUCCUACGCAUGCUGCGUAUGGAUCGACGAGGAGGCACCUGGAAGCUGCUUGGAUCUGUCGUCUACGCCCACAGCAAGGAGCUCAUCACGGCGUGGUACAUCGGCUUCCUGUGUCUGAUCCUGGCCUCGUUCCUCGUCUACUCAGUGGAGAAGGAGUUAAAUAAUGAGUUUGAGACGUAUGCUGAUGCUCUCUGGUGGGGACUGAUCACUCUCACCACCAUAGGUUAUGGUGAUAAGGUUCCCAGGACCUGGUACGGACGCCUGCUGGCCGCUACCUUCAGCAUGAUCGGGGUGGCCUUCUUCGCCCUUCCUGCUGGCAUCCUGGGCUCUGGCUUUGCCCUCAAAGUCCAGGAGCAGCACAGGCAAAAACAUUUUCAGAAGAGACGCAGCCCUGCAGCGGGCCUCAUCCAGGCUGCUUGGAGGUUUUAUGCUACCAACCUGUCCCGCACAGAUCUGUUUUGCACAUGGGACUUUUAUGAGGAGACUGUAGCUAUUCCAAUGUACAGACUCAUUCCACCCCUGAAUCAACUGGACCUGCUGAGGAACCUGAAGGGCAAGUCAUUCAGGAAAGAUUCUCAGGCCGAAACCUCCCCAAGUCGGAAGGCCAGCUUGAAGGACAAGGUGUUUCCCAGUCCGUCCAAGGGAUCCAUGGCCAAGGGAAAGGGCCAGUCUGAAGGGGCAGAGGAGGGGGCUGAGGGAAGUCCAAGCAAGGUCUCCAAGACCUGGAGCUUCACUGAGAAGAACCGAGGGCCCAUGCACAGCCUCAGGAGCCGGGGCAGCGCUUCACGCCAAAACUCAGACUUGCUGAUUGAAAUGCAGGACGAAGUCUUUGGACUGAAGCGUUCUCCAGCAAUUGAAGGUUUAAUAAAGGCGAGCCUCCCAGGAGAGGAAAUGGCUGACGACAAGAGCUGCGACUGUGACUUUGCCACCCAGGAAUUACCUCCAGGGUUGAAGGUUACAAUACGGGCAAUCUGCAUCAUGAAGUUCCUGGUGUCAAAGAGGAGGUUUAAAGAGAGUCUGCGGCCUUAUGAUGUCAUGGAUGUGAUCGAGCAGUACUCUGCAGGUCACCUGGACAUGCUCUGUCGCAUUAAGAACCUACAGUCCAGGAUAGAUAUGAUUGUUGGCCCCCCUGCCCCUUCAACACCACGCCAUAAGAAGUCCACUGAAGGUCCUAGAGUUGACAUGAUAGUUGGCAAAGGUCCUAAAGCUGAUGGAGACGCUGCAGAGGACCAGAGCAUGAAUGGACGUCUGGUCAAAGUGGAGAAACAGAUGACGGGUAUGGACAGGAAACUUGAUUUCCUGGUCAACGUGUAUGUGCAGCACAUGGGCAUCCCUCGUUCUGAAACAGACGCCUUUUUCAACUCCAAAGAGCCGUAUCCAGCUCCGCCUUACCACAGCCCAGAGAAGAGCAAGUUGGAGAAAGAGGGAACAGAGGAGGUGAAGGAAGAAAAGGAGGUGAAAACCUGCUCCCCUGCAGAUUUCCCAUGCUCUGAUGGGUCCUCUGAAAAGAAAGAUCCUCUACUGGGUCAGUCUGUGGCCAGGUCGGUGGGUACUCCCUCUGGCAGCAUCAGCCGCCCCUCUACCUCUUGGCAGCACCAAAUGCAGCACCCCCUCAGCCAGCCUGCCUGGAACAGCAGCGUAGCCAACACGCCUUCACCGGUCGGUGAAGGCGGCGAGCGCUCGCCCAACCCGUUCCGCCUUCCGCCUCCUCCUGCUCUGGUCCACGACCGCUCGUCAUCUGGCCCGGGUGGCAACAGCAGAGAGAGCAGCUCCAAGAACAGGAGGCGCCACAGGAGGCAGAGGUGUCAGCAGGAUGCGAUCGCCGUGGAGAGCGACACGUCUCUCUCCAUCCCAUCCGUUGACCACGAGGAGCUGGAGCGCUCCUUCAGCGGCUUCAGCAUCUCCCAGGCCAAGGAGGACUUCUUUGGGCCUCCUUUCUUCACAGGCUCAGGAGGGGGAGCGGGAGCAGGGACUGAAGCCGGACCUGGAAAUUCACUCUGUGCCAGAGUCAGACCCUUCAUAGCAGAGGGGGAAUCAGACACAGACUCAGACCUGUAUGCCCCCUCACCUCUGUCCUUCACUGGAGAGGUCUCAUGUGUGGAGAGGGGGUGGCCAGGACUGAAGUAGAUUCAUGGCGAACGAGAUCAGUGCUUCAGUGGCCAACAGGAGACCUGUCCCCAGACCCUACAGCCAAAUGACUGAUGUCUGAUGUACCUACAGACUAUCAAAGGUUUAUUGAAUGGAUGUGAUUAGCUCUUUAUUACAGAAGAUGGGAAAAUAUGUUCUUAUAAACAUAUAGGGUGGUCCUUUAUCACAUUUUUUGUUUGUGAUGUUACACUUGACAAGAAAUGCUAAAUUACACAUGCAUUGCCUUCUACUGAGUUUUGAUCUGUCUGUGAUGACAGAUACGUGUGUGUGUGAUGUGUGAUGAGGAUUUGAUUUCGCACUGAACUUGACUUUGAUUUGAAAUGAGUACCUCCCUUUGCUUUUUUUAGUGGCGAGUGCACUUCUUCUGUUAAACCAUGUUAAAUAACUUUUAAACCACAGUGGCAGUUAGUAAAGCAACGAUUGUUAGUCUUAUCAUGUGGUUAGCGUAGUGUCUUGAAAGCUUCUAUACCUUUGAAUGACUUGAGGUGUUAUGAUGAUGCCAAAAUCGUAGCUAUGAUAAUCAAUUAGAUUCCUGCAGAGUAAAAAAAAAAAAAAAAGAGUGCUUGCUUUUCAGCAUCAUUAAUUCCGCCUGGUGUUUAAUAAAAUAGUAAAGAGAAACUCCCCUCAAAGUAUUGCAGAUACUUCCCCCCAUCAGUAAACCAGAGGGUGUCCUGCAUGGCAUGUUAAACGGUUGAUUUAAGGACAGUGGUUAAAGGCGGGCUUCCAAACCAAACGGUAGCAAAAAGUCAGCACAACAACCCACUGAGUGUUGCCCUUCUGUACAGAGCAGUGGAUACACAUUACAAUGUGCAUGCAUGACUGGUUUCAAGCUACAGUGUGUUGAGUUUUAGGGAGCUUUGCUGGAAUUUCACUCCGGUGAGAGCCAGCCUGAGCUCGCUACUUUCAUGGCUCUUCUUUUCUUGGCAAAUACGUGAAUUCAUGGAUUAUGUAUGCAGGGGCAGAUGCUUAUUAGCACAGUCUAUAUGUGUUGACAUUAACAUGUGUGUUUUAUGUUGUUAUUACACAACAAUUAGUGCUGAUGUUGGACUGAGUAAACCAUAAGGGAGAUUUAUUCUGUGAUGCAUAUGUCAAUCAUUUAGAUUCCUUGUAGAUACGUUUGUUCUGCACUAAAUGAGAAAACGCAAUAAAAAUCGAGCGAGGCAAUCGAGAACCGUCCUUUAACAACAUCAACAUGGCCUUAUUUUUCAUGACAAAAUCCUUUGUUUUAUAAGUACAAUAAAUCAGUUAUUUCAUUAUUAUUAACAUUUUGUGUAGUAUUCCAGGUGUUAUAGGUUUGACUAUGUCCUCAGAACAGAUGCUGGAGGUUGAAGUACAUUUGACUACAGAUGAUGCCACCACGAGUCAUAGAAAAUCUACUUUAGCAUUGUUAAAUUAACUCUAGAAUAUGGAUGUGAUAGCAGAAGAAGGAUUUCAGUUAGUGGAUUCUGUUCACACACAAUCUAUAGGUUUUCUGAAAAGAAUAAACAAACCUGCGGACAUUUGUUCCCCCUC